AUGUCUGGACGCGGUAAGGGAGGGAAGGGUUUGGGGAAGGGGGGCGCCAAGCGUCACCGUAAGGUGUUACGUGACAAUAUACAGGGAAUCACUAAGCCAGCCAUUCGUCGACUGGCUCGGCGUGGCGGGGUCAAGCGGAUCUCCGGUUUGAUAUACGAGGAGACCCGUGGGGUGCUCAAAGUGUUCCUGGAAAAUGUGAUUCGGGACGCCGUCACCUACACAGAACACGCCAAGCGCAAGACGGUCACAGCCAUGGACGUAGUUUACGCGCUCAAGCGCCAAGGGCGCACCCUUUACGGCUUUGGCGGCUAAGGUUUCUCAUUUCACUACCGCUUGCAUUUCUGAACCAAAGGCCCUUUUCAGG